CAAUUAUACUUAGUAUGCUUUAUUUUGGCUCCAUGGCUAUGAUGCCGAAUGAAAAGGGAGCUUUUUUUCCAUUUCAAAAUGAUCCGCGUUUAGUGCUUGUCCCAUGCAAACCUACUUAUUUAGACAAUAAUGCCAAUAGUGCUGACAUUUGUCAAUGGAGUCCGUUAGUGAGCAGACGCGUACGUCACCGGGAGAAUGGUGACGUUGAUACUUAGCGGUGUUAGGGAAAUUAAUUUAAUAAACAAUUCAUUUUUAAUCCAGUUAUUUAUUUUCUUUUACGUUCUACGCUAAUAGUAGCCCAUUUUAUUACAGUGGAAGUUAGCUUGAGGGCGUUUGACCUGUUAGCACACGUGCUAGCAAACAGUUGCUCCAGCUCUUGUUUUGCUUUGUAAAUAAUUUGCUUAUUUUGUCUCUUAAAAUGCAGGACUGGUGUUUAAAAAAAAAAAAAGGAGACUGGCUUCACAUUCCAGAUGGCAUUUCUUCUACUCUAGCUGCCUGUUUUAUGGCGUGCCCGGUCCAGUUCCUGUGCAGGACUCUGCGGACUUUGGGACUGGUUCUCCUCUACUAUGUCUUCUCCAUAGGCAUCACUUUCUAUAAUAAAUGGCUAAUGAGGGAUUUCCACUAUCCCCUCUUUAUGACGCUAGUACACCUGGCCAUCAACUUCUGCCUGUCGGCGCUGACCCGGUGGGCCAUGAAGUGCUGGACAGGGAAGACUCGUGUUAUUCUCAGCUGGACUGAUUACCUCUACAAGGUGGCUCCCACAGCCUUGGCGACAACACUGGACAUUGGACUGUCCAACUGGAGCUUCCUCUUCAUCACCAUUAGCUUGUACACCAUGACCAAGUCCUCAGCAGUACUCUUUAUUCUCUUUUUCUCUCUGCUCUUCAAACUUGAGGAGCCAAACCCAUUCCUGGUCCUGGUGGUCCUGUUGAUCGCCAGCGGCCUCUUCAUGUUUACCUUCCAGUCCACCCAGUUCAACCUGGAGGGCUUCGUCCUGGUGCUGUUGGCGUCCUUCAUCGGGGGAAUUCGAUGGACCCUCACUCAGGUGCUCAUGCAGAAAGCGGAGCUGGGCCUCCAGAACCCGGUGGACGCCAUGUACCACCUCCAACCUCUCAUGUUCCUCGGCCUCUUCCCUCUCUUCCUGGUUAAUGAAGGAUUGAGCUUGAGCACCUCAGACAAGUUGUUCCGGGUGACGGAGUUGUCUCCUCUCUUGUAUUCUGUGCUCUUGUUGAGUAUGGGAGGAGUCCUGGCUUUCGGUUUGGGCUUUUCAGAGUUUCUUCUCGUCUCACGAACAUCCAGCCUCACCUUGUCCAUAUCGGGCAUCUUUAAGGAGGUCUGCACACUGCUGCUGGCAGCAUGGCUGAUGGGAGACAAAAUGAGCGCGCUCAACUGGCUGGGCUUCGUCAUGUGUGUGUGUGGUAUCGCACUGCACGUGGGUCUAAAGACUUACUACUCCAAAAAUAAAGGCUCGUCCGUAAGGCAGCUGAGCAGUAAGAACACGGAGCUCCAGCUGCCCUUGCUGAGGCAGGAUGAAGACGAUGCCGACAAUGAGGAAGAGGAAAUGACUCUGCACUAGCAUACGAGAUCAUCAUCAUCCUCGUAGAGAUCCAUCAUGGUCUGCUUGACAACCCCGCCAUCUAUGUUGUUCUUCUUUGUCUCAGGGGAGCUAAAAAUGAUUGAAAUAGAAUACUUUUCUAUGUGAGGUGACUCUCUCGGAGAAUCAUGGACCUUACUAACUUGAUAGCAAUCAGUUUGUUCCCUUAAACUGGAUUUAUCCACACAAAUUUAACCUCCACACAAAUAGAAAUGAUAGAAUAGAAUAGAAAGUACUUUAUUGAUCCCUGGGGGAAAUUCAGCACCACAGUUCGCUCACAAUAGACAAUAAACACUUAGGUAUGUUUA